AUGGAAGAAUUAAACAAAACAAUAUUCAAGGAAUUUAUUCUGGUGGGAUUUUCUGAUCUCCACCAGUACCAAAUCUUACUUCUCAUUGUUUUAUUACUGAUGUAUAUUACUAGUGUCAUUGGAAACUUUGCAGUCAUUGCUCUUGUUAAGGCUGGACCCUCACUUCAUUGUCCAAUGUACUAUUUUAUCUGUGUAUAUGCAGCUUUAGAAAUUUCAUUUGUUUCUGUUACCAUUCCCAAACUUCUAGCUAAUUUAACUGGCAGUAGCAAGAAGAUCUCUUUUAUUGGAUGCUUUCUACAGCUAUACAUCUUUAAUGCACUUGGAAUAACAGAAUGCUAUUUGCUUGCAGUUAUGGCUUUUGACAGAAAUUUGGCAAUUCAUUAUCCUUUAAGGUACUCGUCAAUUAUGAACCAUUUGUUUGUUAUUCUUUCUGUGGUUCUUCCUUUUGCCAUCAGUUUUAUCAUCACUUUAUUUCCCACAAUCUUUACAGCUUAUUUAAAAUUCUGUGGACCCAAUGAAAUAAACCAUUUUAUCUGUGAUUUGGCCCCAUUACAGAACCUGGCUUGUUCUAAUCCCUUCAUCAGUAAAGUAGCUACUAGCAUGGCAACUAUUUUUUCAAGCCUUACUUCUUUCAUCCUUAUUAUAGGAUUCUACACCCACAUCAUUAUUACGAUCAUCAAAAUUAAGGGCAUGGAAAGUAAACACAAAGCAUUCUCUACUUGCUCCUCCCAUAUAAUAGUUGUCUGUCUCUUCUAUAUUACAGUCAUCAUUGUUUACAUAAACCCACAGGGCAGCCAGUAUGAUAAGUUUCUUGCUCUUAUGUACACGGUCAUUGUUCCUAUGUUGAAUCCUUUCAUUUAUACAUUAAGAAACAAGGAUGUCAAGGAAGCUCUUUAUAAGAUAAUGUUACUCAAGUUAAAAGACUGA